GUCAAAAAAUAUUGUAUUUUGUAGAAUACAUGUGUACUCAGAAUACAAUGUUUAGAAUCGAAUGUUAAAAACGAGUCAUUUACGAGGUAGUUAGACAAUUAGAUGGUGACAUCAUACCAUACGUGAUAAAAUUUAAUAAUUAUUUGGGAGGUGGUGCAUCUGCUUCUGCUCCUGCUCCACGUGAAGGAGACAGGGAAGAAUGGUGGAGUAGAAUAGAGGCUACCGUUUAUCAUCAAAGAGGGACCCCAAGCUCUGUUCUUUUGGGGUCAAAUGUGGAAGCAGCUUCUUUUUUACGCCCCACCUCAUUCGACCCAAUACUGCAUCAGCAAAGCAAUAAUUCAGCAACACCACACCAAUUCAUUUAUUGGGCUCGCCUCAUUGGGCCUCCAAGGGUUGCUAAUUGCUGAAGCAUUCCAGGUACCAUUUUGUUUCGGCUAAUACUACAGUGCCGCCAUUAAAAGUGCGGCAUCGGUAACGCACUUUCUUAUUGGGCCAUGUGGAUCUGACGUGGCAUGGGUUGGUUUAAUACAAUUCGAACCAUGAGAACUGACCGAGACGCUAGGUGACCAAACGGACAGAAAGUUUUCCGUGUUCCACCUUUACCAUUAAUUCCUAACGGUGCACUUCACGCUUUGAUUCAAUUUCCUGUUGCAACUCCGUCCAAAAUCACCAAGGUGAGUCUCUAACUACUCAUCCUCCGUCGAAAUGGCACCUCCGGUCACCUCCCCCUCUCCUUGCUCAUCAAGUUUAGAUCGUCGAGAAUCGCAGUUACCACUCGGCGGACCAGUUCUUCACCGGCCACAUCUCUCCGCUCCAGAUCCCGGCAUGAUACCAGCGUUGAUAUCUGUCAGGAUAUGGUGGCAGUGCUGGUCCUGGACGGAGAGAAAGAAACGGACGCAGCCGUGGCGGUGGCUCUUUUCUCGCGAAAUUCAAAUUACCCUUGCAUUCAAUGAGGCUGAAAAUUAGCACCGGAGAAUUCCAAUUACCUUGAACAAAAAGUACCGGUCCUGAAAAUUAGCACUAGAGAAAAAGGUUAGCUUUUAAGGGGAUUACGAUCCAAGACUACAGCAAUAUGUGCUGUGAUUUGAGUUUUUGAAUCCUUUUGAGAAUUUAAUAGAUCAUGAGUUUCUAUUUUUAGACAUUUGUGUAUUAGAAUGAAAUCCAGAGUUUACAUUGCAAUUAUGUCAGCUAUUAAUGUCACCAGGGGAGGCUUCGUCAGAGUUUGAUCGGAAAGCAUAUAGUGUCCGUCUGUAAUGAUUGUUUGAUCUUGCAGUAGACAAAGGUUCUAUACCCCUGAACUAUCUUCGAAAUCAUGUAAAUUUGAUUCAAUAUCCUAACCCAAAUUCACCAUUGAUAUGAAUUGACUACCGACGCCACUGAUAGGCAACGCUUCUUCUCCGGCGACUUCUCUUCGUGACCCAGCUUCACAAAUUCACAAAUUACCGAGAAUUUCCGGCCGGUCACAAAUGGCGCCUGCUUUAACUCAAUCUGACUUUAAAGUUUAAACAAAUAAACACAUAAAUUUCGCAAGAAACGAGCCACCGCGCCACACAUGCGCCGGUUUCUUUCCCUCCGUCUAGGAACAUCAGCGUCGCCAUAUCCUUCACAGAGAUCGACGCCGGUCUAUUUUUCGGGUUCUGGAGAAGAGAGAUGUGGCUGGCGAAGAACUGGUCUGCCAAGUGGUAACUACUAUUCUCGGCGAUCUAAAUUUGAUGAGCAAGGAGGUGGGGAGGUGACCGGAGGUGCGAUGUCGACGGAGGAUGAGUAGUUGGAGACUCAACUUGGUGAUUUUGAACGGAUUUGCAAUAUGGCGUUCGAAAUUAAUGGGAAAAGUGGAAGACGGAGACCUUGCUGUCCGUUUGGUCACCUGGCUGCUGUUCGGCCAGUUCUCAUGGCCCAAUCGGUUUGGUUCGGAUUGUACAUAAUCAACCAAUGCCACAUCAGAUCCACAUGGCCCAAUAAGAAAGUGCGUCACCGAUGCCUCACUUUUUACAUCGGCACCGUAGUAUUGGCCUUUUGUUUCUCUAUUAGAUGGAUUCAUGAGUGGUCAUUAUUUUAUGCCCAUUCAAAGAUUCAUUAGAGAUAUUAGAGCGGAGAAUCCAGAUCAAAUCGUAUGGAAAAUCGCGUCUAAAUUAAACGGUAUGGGUUGGUCGGUUUGGUCUAAACCGUGAAAUUAGAAUUAUAAUCUGAUCUAGUUUAUGGUCUUUCCCUUUGGUGUAUGGUCUGACGCGACUUGGACUGUGAUAAACCGCUACUAAUCUAAAUCAAAAUAACACUGUCAUUUCUCAACGUCACCACAGUAGGGAUUGAGUGCGAAAACCUUUCAGACCACCUGGGAGAGGGAGAGGGAGAGACAACACAAAGAGGAAGACUGGAAGAGAGAGACAAAGUUAUUUUUUGUGUUUUUAUUUUAUUUUAAGUGGAUACUUGAUAGAGUAGUGGAGACUAGAGUGGGAGUAAGAAAUCAAGAAAGUAAACUUCCCCCUCAUAUUUCCUUGAGGAUAGAUUACUAUUCACUAAAUUUUUGUUUCACUAGUAUAUUGAGCAUUGAACUUUUUUAUUUUUAUGGAUACAAAAGAGGAACUAAAAAUAGGAGAAUAGUUAAGUUUUGUUGAACGUGAUAUAUUUGAUCCAGAUCGUAUCAACCAUAUUGUACAUGCAUGAUUUGAACAUGAUAUACUUGAUCCAGAUCCUAUUGACCAUAUUGUACAUACCGUAGAAUAUAUAAUGUUCUAGACU